CUUGAACACUCCCGCACCUCGAUCGGUUUCCUUCAUCUUACCACCCCCAUCACCACAUCCAUCACCCAUCAUCUCCAUCGCGCCUCACCAUCGCGCCUCACCAUCGCGCCUCACCAUCUCGCCAUCAUCUUACCCCAUCGCUGUCCCUCCUAGUGACUUCAUCAGAACGUCGCAUGCUCACUGUCUUGUCUUGACCACGACAGAUCUUUGUAUCCUUCACACACUUUAUUGUUACUAAACUACUAAACACACAGCAUGGGUCUUAACUACUACGCUUCUGCGCCGACCGUCGUUCUGGCGCCCCAGCAACCACAGGGCUACUUCUCCCAUCACCAGAACGCCGCAUCACCAAUGGGUAAUUUCCGCCCCAAAUACCCUACUCCGCCUUCGCUCAACUAUUUAGCCGCCGUUUCCAAUGCCACCGCUGGUCGCAAACGAUCCAUCGCCGACGUCGAUGAACCAGAGGAGAACCUACCCGCCGGAUCAAUCGUUACUCAGUCGCCUUCAAAGCCCAAGCCCGAGCCUGUCUAUGGCCCAGGGAUGACCCUCAUCUACCCUGGAGAACCUGGCUACACCAUGGCAGCCGAGUCGCAAUCGGGCACCUGGUACGAAGAGAAGAUCGAGAAAGAAGAGAAGGCUGACGCCGCCCGCCCUAUCGCUGUGUCGCGCAAGUCGGUACGGAUGAGCCCAACCGCCAACAUCGAAGUCCCCUCCCUCAAUGACAUGGAUGCUCAAAAGACCGAAGAGCUCAUCGACGACAAAGGCAACACCAUCAACACGCUCAUCGCAUCCCUCGGGGUUGGCUGGAAGAACGUCAUGACAAACCCCAACCUACGCGACGCAGCGCGCGCAUACUCGCGCGUCAUUGAGCGUCAUUUCGAUUUCACCGAUGUCCUUGUUAUGCUGGAGAAGGAAUCACUCAACGCUUAUCUGGUACGCGCGAAACAACACGGCGUCCAAGGCUACUGGCUCUUCUCGGACAACCUUCAAUGGUGUCAGCUCAUCGGCUGGUCGUUAGAACGCACAGUCAGCAACCUCAUGUUCGGUUCAACCCCGCGUGUCGAGGGCGAGCGCAUCAAUGCCCGUCAACUAACGCCAUCGGAACCCGCUACUACACCCACCCCUCAACCAGUGGCCGACAUUCCUAUGGCGGCUGCGGAUACCGACAUGAUGGAGAUGUGACGCGUCUCAUCUCUUCUUUUCUCUUCCUUCCCAUUUUCCUUACGGCAACAAAACACAAAUCGGUUUUCAUUUCGGCUGUAUUGAUUUACGGUUUUCGAUGUGGGUUCUUUCUACGGCGAAUCGGCGUUGGUGGUGGGAUCGGAUCGAUCACCGGAAGUGACUCUAUCUGACAUGUACUAUAUUAUUAUGAUGCCUACGCCGUGAUGCUUGAUCAGACAUACUCGAUCGCGUCUGCUAGCACGUGCCACUAAACUUACCAGGCAAUAAACCAAUGAAACUAUGAUCAUCAUUUAUCUAC